AUGACCAAGUUAUCGACAUAUUUAGGAUUCCAUAAACGACGUUUUUAUGACGCAAUUAAUAUACUUGAUGCAAUUGGAUGUUGCACUAGAAUGGAUAACGAUACUUUUCUUUGGAAUGGUUUAUCAAAUGUUAAUACAUUUAUUCAACAUUUAGUAGAACAAAAUAGUGUUUAUUCUGAAAAACAAGAGCUCGCAAAGAUAUUACCAGAACAAGAUGUUAUAAACUUAAAGAUUAUGACACAACAAUUUAUAUUAUGUUUUAUUGCUUUACAGUAUCAGCAACUUAAUAUCAAAGAGGUAUCUAAUUAUUUUUCAAGAAACUCAGAUCAUUUUAAAACAAUUGUGUGUAAAUUAUAUCAAAUCACCCACGUAUUAACCUCUAUUGGUAUUAUUGAUAAAACCAAAAAGUCAGGAGAAUAUAAAAUUAGCGACAAUCUAAUUUUCCCUAUGACAGAUACAUAUCCCUUCUCAAUACCCGCUCUUUUGAAAAGGCAGGUUCCAUGGAAUUAUUGCUCCAAAGUAAUAGAAGAAAGGAGAACAGAAUAUAGAAAAUAUCAAAAUAAAGAUCUUGAAUAA